CCAACCUUUCAACCAGCCCCAAACCACCCUAGUCAAACCAGUGGCCUUUAACAAACUCAUCACCAUUGCACACCCCAAGAGCCAAUGCUACCUCCCCCUUCCACCUUUUUAUAAACCUCCUCCUACGUUCCAGAUUCCUACACACACCACCUUCCUCCUUCCUCUUUUUCAAUUCUUUUCCUCUUCCUUUCAUAGCUUGUUUCCAAUUCUGUCUUCUCAUUGAGCUUUCCAAACUUGUGAUAUUUUUUUCCAAUUCGAUUUGCAAAGUUGCUCAUCAUCUUCUUGCGACGACGUAUUGAUUUCUAAAAGAGUUUUGAAGUUUUGUGGUUUACGCACAAAAUUAGAAGCUACCCUCUGCCGUUUGUUUUGCCCAAUACCAUCUUCUCGGCGCAGAAGCCAUGUCCACGCACUGGAGCGGCAGCCCUAGCCCGGCGGCUGCUGCGUCGGCGGCAGCGGAUACCAGCAGCCACUGGGUGCCGCACGGCGCGGUGCUGACGGUCUGCGUUGUGGGCAUCAACUUGCUCAUGAUCCUCCUCGUCCUCUUCUUCUUCUGGCGGUUCUUCUCCGGGAAGCGUGGCCCGUCCGUGUCAGCCGGCGCCGCCGACGAUGACGACGCGUUGCCAGUGGCCUCCCCGUGGGCGUCCCGUCGCGGGCGCGACGUCGAACCCGGCACGCAGCCGCAGGACGACGUGGCGUCGGCCCUGCCCGUGUACGUGUACUCCAGCGCCGGCCAAGGUGGGAAGGCGACCGAGUGCGCGGUGUGCAUCGCGGAGCUCCGCGACGGCGACGCAGCGCGCCUGCUCCCGCGGUGCGGGCACUGUUUCCACGCCGACUGCGUUGGCGCGUGGCUGCGGCUCCACGCCACGUGCCCGCUCUGCCGCGCCAGCGUGGUCGUCACCGCUGCCGCCGAGACCAGGAAUGCAAAGGACGACGUCGGCGUGGACUGUCCCGUGUGAGAACACUCCGACGUCGAGGCCAGCUCGCACGCGCACUGGCGCUGGCGAGCAAGCAAGAGGAGCACGUAAACAGUGGAAGACGACAAGCAUCUUUCGGUAUCGGCGUCCUUGUCCCUUAGCUACCUUACCUGACUGCAUGCUCCAGUCCAGAUAACCAGAUGGAAAAGGUUGGUGAGGAGGGCGUUAGGUUCUCAUUGGAUUUUUGUAAGAUAAUACGGUGGAUUUGCUUCAUUUGCAUGGAUGUGUAUGUCAGAAAUUACUAGCCUGUGUAAGGCUGCGUGUAAAUUAAAAGUGACUUAUCAGACUUAAGAAAAAAACUGCAAAGCUGAGAUUCAAAUGGAUGGAAAUUGGAGGCUGAAUCUCCGCCCUCUGAAA